AGAGCAGGAGAAACAUCAGUGGUUUUCCAAAUCUUGUGACCAGCAGCUGCCUCCAACUGCACUGCACUUUCUCCAUCACUCUCCUCUGGAUCUCUGGCUGGUCUGAGCUGCUCAGACCCUUCCUCUCAAAACACAUACACACACACACAUACACACACACACACUCUCUCUCUCUCUCACACUCACUCACACACUCCUGUGAGCCUCUUGCUCCUGUGACUGUAGCUCUGGUCCGUCACCUGCACUCUUGUCACAGCAUGCAGCUCCUCGUGAUGUUAGCAGCUCUCAUGGGUGUUCUGUUCAGUGUUAGAGCAGCCGCCGUGCUUCCUGUGGAGGACAGGAGCCCCAUCCACGUGAACAGGGAGCUGAGCAAAGAGCGCAAAGAGCUGAUCCUGAAGCUGGUGUCCGGCUUGUUGGACGGAGCUCUGGACACCAACAUGCUGCCGGGGGAAGCGGCACCUGUGGAUCUUGAGGAGCCGCUGGAGUCUCGUCUGGAGGAGAGGGCUGUCUACAACAGGCUAUCACUGCCUCAGCGCGACCGCAAAGCCCCCUGUAAAAACUUCUUCUGGAAAACUUUCACCUCCUGCUAACAGAGCCCAAAACCUCCCGGCUCUGCCCGCCUACUGCUCUCCUUCCCUCCCAGCUCCACAUGAACUGUAGUUGACCUCAGCUGUACAUAUCAUCUACACCUGUCAGACAUGCACCAUCGAUGGACUUCACUGAGACAGUGUGUCUGUUUGAAUAUUACUUAUUUAUGUAUCUAUUUAUGUAUACAAUGUAUGUAUUUAUGUAUGUAACAGUUUCUUUCAGGGUCAACAAUAAAGCAUGGAUAUGAUAUUUGA